AUGGAACAAGCAGCAGGAGAUGGCCUCAUACUCUUGCGAACAGAAAAUGAGCGAGCAGCUGCAGCAGCAGAAACAGCAGCAACAGGAACUCUGGCAACAGCAACAGAAGUUGGUGAAACAAUAGGAGUUGCUGCAAUAGCGCCUAUGUCAGCCUCUGGAAUAGCAGCGCAAGCAGCAACACCUGCAGCGGUACCAUGCACAGCAGCACCACCCGCAGCGUGCCUAACGGCGCCAGCAGCAGUACGCGCAGCAGCACCACCGACAGCAUCAGCAGCAGCAGCAGCAACAACGGAGCUAUCUAGAGCAGCGCUUGAUUGGUUUAGGGCCUGCGUAGGCAAGGGAGAGUUACCACAAGGGCAGGAAAGGAAUACUAGCUGCGUCUCUUUUGCUGUGCCUCACACAAUUCCUUCCACGCCCUCUAGCCUAUACCUACCUUCUGCUGCUGCUGCUUUUGCUCCUACUACUGCUGUUGUUGCUCCUGCUGCUGCUGCCGAGGAGGGAGCUUUGUCUCAAGUAUUUGUUGAGGACCGAAACUGUCUAGACGCAGCAGCAGCAGCACCAAGUAUGACAAUACCAACAGCAGUAGCAGCACCGCCGCCCCCGCCAGUAGCAACAGCAGCACCUGCAGCCGCUUCAGCAGCAACUGACGCGGCCUUGAACUUCAACGAAUUAACAUUUUACUUGAAAUUUCUACCAGCCAAAAACAAAGAGAAAGCGAAGGCCCUUCUCUCCGGAGAGAUACACGCUUAUCCCCCGUGUCCUUGGUCCCCUGAUAACAUCAGUGUGGCGAGUGCAGCUGGGGGAGAGCGGCCGCGGGGAUUUAAAGAAAGAGAUAAGCGAGCAAUUGAAUAUGAACCCGAAGUUAAAAAACAAGACAAAUAG